AUGUCUGCCACCAACGCCCACCCUGCUCCCCCUGCUGUCGGCGAGCCUGCCAGCAAGAAGGCCAAGCUGCUGCUGCCGUCGGACCACACUGUGCAUGGCAUCCAUGCGCGGGAGAUCCUGGACUCGCGCGGAAACCCGACGGUGGAGGUCGAGGUGACGACUGUGGCCGGGACGUUCCGUGCGGCGGUGCCGUCUGGGGCGUCGACAGGCGUGUACGAGGCGCUCGAGCUGCGCGAUGGCGAUGCGGCGCGGUACCGCGGCAAGGGUGUGCUCAAGGCCGUGGCUAACGUCAACAACGACAUUGCUGCGGCGCUGGUCGGUUCGGCGGCGGUCGAUGUCCGUGCACAGAGCGCGGUUGACGGCCUCCUCCUCGAGCUCGACGGGACGCCGAACAAGGCCAAGCUCGGCGCCAACGCUAUCCUCGGCGUCUCGCUGGCGGUGGCCAAGGCCGGCGCUGCGCACUGCGGCGUCCCGCUCUACCGCCACAUCGCCAACCUUGCUGGCAACGAGGCAGUGACGCUCCCGUGCCCGGCGUUCAACGUCAUCAACGGCGGCUCGCACGCCGGCAACAAGCUCGCCAUGCAAGAGUUUAUGAUCCUUCCUGUCGGCGCCUCGUCGUUCUCCGAGGCGCUCCGCAUGGGUGCCGAGGUCUACCAUGCCCUGGCCAAGGUGAUCAAGGCCAAGUACGGCCACGACGCCACCAACGUCGGCGACGAGGGCGGCUUUGCGCCCAACAUCCUCGACAACAAGGAAGGCCUCGAGCUCCUGACCUCGGCCAUCGAGGCUGCCGGCUACACCGGCGCUAUCAAGAUCGGCAUGGACGUUGCCGCCUCGGAGUUUUACAAGGACGGCAAGUACGACCUCGACUUUAAGAACGCCGAGUCGGACCCGGCCGAGUGGCUGACCGGCGCCCAGCUCGGUGCGCUCUACAACGAGUUUGCCGCCGAGUACCCCAUUGUCUCGAUCGAGGACCCGUUCGACCAGGACGACUGGGCCUCGUGGAGCGCCAUGACCGCCGGGGCCGCCUACCAGGUUGUCGGCGACGACCUGACCGUCACAAACGUCGAUCGCAUCGCCACCGCCGUCGCCGACAAGGCUUGCAACUGCCUCCUGCUCAAGGUCAACCAGAUCGGCUCAGUCACUGAGUCCAUCGCCGCCUGCAACAAGGCCCGCGAGGCCGGCUGGGGUGUCAUGGUCUCCCACCGCUCCGGCGAGACCGAGGACACCUUUAUUGCCGAUCUGGUCGUCGGCCUCGGCACCGGCCAGAUCAAGACCGGCGCCCCAUGCCGCUCCGAGCGCACCGCAAAGUACAAUCAGCUCCUUCGCAUUGAGGAGGAGCUCGGCGCCGAUGCCGUCUACGCCAAGGGUGCGGGCAUCACCGGCUUUGCGCAGCAGUAA